ACAUUUAAAAUUAUUACUCUUUUCUUUUUUUUUGUCUCUUUUUCGUUGUUGGUUCCUCUUUUUCCUUUAUCCUCCAUCCACUCUAAUAUUCUUUUCUCUGAUCUUUCUGAUAAUCCUUUCCUUUGUUCAUAUUCUCCCUUUCUGCUUCUUAUUUAUUUUCUUUCACCUUUUCCUUUCAAGAUUGUAGAUCUGAUCUUUAAGAAAAUUAAAAUUUAACAGAUCGAGAGAAAAAAGAAUGGCAGAGGAGCAUAGAUGCCAAGCGCCAGAAGGCCAUCGUCUUUGCGUCAAUAACUGCGGCUUUUUCGGAAGUUCGGCGACGAUGAACCUUUGCUCCAAAUGUUACAGAGAUCUCUGUCUCAAGGAACAGGAAGCUUCUUCGAUCAAAUCCGCUCUUUCCUCUUCCCCUUCGUCUUCAUCAACGGUCGUCGAAUCCAUUUCUCAGGUUCCUCUUUUGGCUCUCCAUGAAGUCAACAGAGAAUCGGCGGUUCCGGAGAUUGCAUCGGCGGCCGAACAGCGAUCGCAGCAACAACCGAAUCGGUGCAUGGUUUGCAGGAAGCGGGUCGGGUUGACCGGAUUCAGAUGCAAGUGCGGUGUUACGUUUUGUGGGUCCCACAGGUACCCUGAGAAUCACGGGUGUACGUUCGAUUUCAAGAAGGUCGGCAGAGAGGAGAUAGCACGCGCUAAUCCCCUCGUCAAAGCAGAGAAGCUCGAGAAGAUUUGAGUAGAAGAUGAUGAUGAUGGGAAGCCAAGCCAUUGGGAAAAUUUCAAAUUUCAUCAAACGUUGAUAAGGUCGAGACACGUGUUUCGGAGGUGGUCCCUACCACCAAGAGUAAACCAAUUGGGCUGGAUAAAUAUAUUUUCUUCUUAAAAUAUAAAUAUUUUAUAAUAAUAUUUAAAUUAUGUGCCUCUUUAGUUUUUUUUUUUUUUCUCUUCCUCUUUUGCUUUGUAAAAAAAAAAAAAAGUCACUUUUUCUUUUCUUCUUUUAAUCCCUUGUGGUGAAAAAAAGAAAAAGAAAUGUAGAUUCCUGCUUCUUCCAUUUGAAUUUUUUAUUUAUAUUUUCAAGUAAUAGUGUGUAAAUGUGCUGGCAGCGGCCGAUCAUGAAAAGCCAUGAAAGCUAUUUCCUUAAA